GGUACAGAUCCUGGCGUAUGGCUAACAAAAACUGAUGUUGAUUUGUCUAUAGCAGCAGCAAUUCAAAGCUCAACGGCCGGCGAUUGUGCAGCAGCAACAAAGCAAUGGAAGGGAGCAUUAAAGGCAAUAGGAGAUUCUUUACCACCUGCCUAUACACCCGGAGAGAAUAUAUACAAAAGUCUUGAUGUUGUAUCCUUUAUGAAUCUCUAUACACCUAAAGAGGGAGUAGCUGUUACAUGCACUGUUAUCCAAUGCCCAUACAAAAGCUCUUCAACAGAAAGCGACUCUAGUAGUGGACACAAUGGUGCUAAUGGCGGUACCAACGGCAACAACGGCCAAAGCAGCCAAGGAAACGGCCAGCAAAGCCCCUCCAUCACCGAAACCAGCACCCCAAGCACUAAUGGAGCAGUCAGAGGUGGUGUCGCUCAGCCAUCAUCAACAUCUCCAGCAAUAAGAGCGGGAGGUGCAGGUGGAGCAGCAGUACCAGCAGCAGCAGCAGCAGCAGCAGGAGGGGAAGCAGCAAGAGGAGGAAUUAGAAUUCGUCGAUUAGGAGAACAAAAUGGAGGAGGAGGAGAAGAGCCUUUUAAUGCUCUUGUUUGUCUCUUCCACCCGAAAGCACUUACGAAAGAUACUCCUCCUUUCCAGUAA